UUAAAAUUAGCAACAUAUUUGAGUGUCCGGUUUAAAUUUUGACGUGUAUCACAAAAUACUUUUAUUUAGCAACCAUGAUAAAGACAAUAAUUCUAAUUGGUGGGCCCAUGAAAGGUACCCGUUUUAGACCUUUGUCACUGGAACUCCCAAAACCUCUGUUUUCUGUCGCUGGGUAUCCAAUCAUCUACCAUCACAUUGAAGCAUGUAGUAAGGUGCCACAUAUGAAGGAGGUGAUCUUGAUAGGAUUUUAUCAGCCUAACGAUGCACUGAACAAGUUCAUCAGCAAUGUUCAGCAGGAAUUCAAAAUCCAAGUCAGAUACCUACAGGAGUACACAGCCCUCGGUACGGCAGGCGGGCUGUAUCAUUUCAGGGACCAGAUACUGGCCGGGAAACCUGACAGCUUCUUCGUGAUGAAUUCAGAUGUGUGUGGGGAUUUCCCCCUCAAGGAGAUGCUGUCCUUCACAGUGCAGAAAGGGGGUGGAUCCCACUGCACAGUACUGGGGACAGAGGCAACAAGGCAACAGUCACUUAAUUAUGGUUGCAUAGUGGAGAACAAGAAUACUCAUGAGGUCUUACAUUAUGUGGAGAAACCAGAGACCUACAUCAGUACGACCAUUAACUGCGGGGUCUACCUUUUCUCACCCGACAUCUUUUGUACCCUGGAAAAAAUCUUUAAAAAGAACCAGGAGGAUAAUUAUAAUUACCAGGCAGGAAAUGGGUGGUGUUCUGGCUGUGAUCCAAACAUGCAGAUGAAGGAGACAAUUCGCCUUGAGCAAGACAUCUUUGUUCCCAUGGCUGGUUCAGGGAAACUCUAUGUCUACCAUACAGACCGCUUCUGGAGCCAGAUUAAAACCUCUGGGGCUGCCAUAUAUGCCAACAGACAUUACUUGGCUCUUUACCAGAACUGGCACAAGGAGAGACUGGCUAAGAACGGAGAGCUCAAACCUCAGAUCAUAGGGGAUGUCUACAUCCACCCGACGGCAGACGUCCACCCCACAGCUGUGCUUGGUCCUAAUGUCAGUGUUGGCAAGCACGCUGUGAUCGGGGAAGGUGCCAGAGUCAGGGAAUCCAUUGUCCUAGAGGGCGCUGUCCUUCAGGACCACUGCUGUGUGUUGUACAGUGUGAUUGGUUGGAAUGUCACCAUUGGAAUGUGGACUCGAGUUGAGGGUACACCAAACGACCCCAACCCAAACAAACCUUUUGCAAAGGUUGAUGUGAAGGACACAUUUAGUCCCGACGGAAAACUCAAUCCAUCCAUCACAGUCAUUGGGAGCAAUGUUCAGGUGCCCUCUGAGGUGAUACUACUGAAUGCCAUGGUGUUACCAGACAAGUCUUUAGCUGGAAGCUGCAAGAACCAGAUCAUCCUAUAGAAGUACCCAUGACAAUCUCCCAGCAUGCACUGCCAAGGUCCCUCCCAGCAUGCAACACCAAUCUCAUGUUUUCAUUUUGAACAAUUUCAUUUUCAAUGAAUUGUGUUUCUGAUAUAUUUUGAGCCUUAAAAUUUCAUAUGUUUUCCUUAUUAUUCAUUGAUAUAUAUAUUUGAAAAAGAAUUGUUUAUUUAUAUUACACAAUCCAAGAUAACAUAUGUACUUUAUAAUUCUAAUAUGCUUUAUGACAUGCUUAUACAUAUACAUUAUUUAACAUUGAGAAUGUUGAAAAGGUUACCCCAUAUACAUGUAUAUAUGCACCACUGUUGAAAACAUUCUCAUUUAUCUCAUGUACACAUGAAGCAUAAUUCCUUGAUCUAAUAAAAAAAAAAAAAGACAAAAUAAAUAUUUUUGUUUUUG